CGCCCGUGGAACGCGGAACGGGCAUCAACUAAUUGAUAACAUUAAAGCCAAGGAAUAAACCCUAGUGUCCGAUAACCGUUCUGUGAAGAAGACAAGAAGAUACAGAGAGACAGCAGCCGCCAUUAACACUCUAAUGGCUAACUUACAGGUCACCUCAUCAUCUUCAACAAAGCCUCUAAUUCACGCUCAAAAUCCAGCGCGUUUUAUGAUAGAAUGUAAAUUAGGAGCUAAAGCGAGUGAAUUUGGUGGAGCCACAUUUGUUCAUCCUACCACUAGGAAGCUUUCUCACGCCUGUAAAUCUCAAGCGAUUCAGGCAGUGUUGGCCAGUGAUAAGGAAACACACGCUUCAAGUGCUACCAAUGGAAGCGGUCUUCGUGGCAAAUUGAACAAAGUUGUCCUAGCUUAUAGUGGUGGAUUGGAUACUUCAGUCAUUGUUCCUUGGCUAAGGGAGAAUUAUGGUUGCGAGGUUGUCUGCUUUACUGCAGAUGUUGGUCAAGGGAUCUCGGAAUUGGAAGGUCUAGAAGCAAAGGCUAAGGCGAGUGGAGCCUGCCAAUUGGUCGUUAAAGACUUGACAGAAGAAUUCGUGAAGGAUUAUGUAUACCCUUGUUUAAGAGCAGGUGCAGUAUAUGAAAGAAAGUAUUUGCUGGGUACUUCAAUGGCCCGACCCGUUAUUGCAAAGGCAAUGGUGGAUGUGGCAAAAGAAGUUGGAGCCGAUGCCGUUGCUCACGGAUGCACAGGAAAGGGAAACGACCAGGUGCGAUUUGAGCUCACGUUUUUUUCUCUUAAUCCCGAUCUUCAAGUUGUAGCUCCUUGGAGGGAGUGGGAUAUAACAGGGAGGGAAGAUGCUAUUGAGUAUGCCAAAAAACACAACGUUCCCGUUCCAGUGACAAAAAAAUCUAUCUAUAGCAGAGACAGAAAUUUAUGGCACCUCAGUCACGAGGGAGAUAUAUUGGAAGACCCUGCAAAUGAGCCCAAGAAGGAUAUGUACAUGAUGUCCGUUGACCCAGAAGAUGCACCCGACAAACCUGAGUACAUUGAAAUCGGUAUUGUUUCCGGGAUCCCAGUCUCCAUAAACGGGAAAGAACUCUCUCCGGCAUCUCUAUUAACCGAGCUUAACGACAUCGGGGGCCGCCACGGUAUCGGCAGAAUCGACAUGGUGGAAAACCGACUAGUCGGAAUGAAAAGUCGUGGGGUCUAUGAGACCCCUGGUGGGACCAUCUUAGCCGCCGCGUGCCGUGAGCUCGAGUCACUAACCCUCGAUCGAGAAGCCAUCCAGUUCAAAGACAGCAUGGCUCUCAAGUACGCCGAGUUAGUCUACGCCGGUCGGUGGUUCGACCCGCUUCGUGAGUCCAUGGAUGCAUUCAUGGAGAACAUCACCAAAACCACCACCGGUUCGGUGAUGCUCAAACUGUACAAGGGUUCGGUGAUUGUGGCUAGCCGAAAGAGCCCGUAUAGUCUAUACAGGGAGGAUAUUUCGUCGUUUGAAAGUGGUCAGAUAUAUGAUCAGGCUGAUGCUGCUGGGUUCAUUAAGUUGUAUGGGUUGCCUAUGAGGGUUAGAGCCAUGCUUGAAAAGGAGAAGGGUAAUAACUAAUAAGUGAUUAGGGUUAUUCUUCUUGUUUGUUAUUAGAAUUGAAUAAAUGUGGAUUUAUAGUUUCGUUUUGGUGAUAUAAAAUUGUUACUUUGGACGUAA